UUUCUCAAUACCCAAAACCACCAGGAUCAGAAGAAGAAGAAGAAGAUUCUUAAGAUGGUGAACUAUGUGCUCAAAAUCACGGCUGAUCUGGAGAAUCUCACUAAUCUCCAGCCCUCCGGCGGCUGCGACGAUCCCAACUUCCCUUACCUCUUCAAGUUGAAAUGUGAACAAUGCGGAGAGGUGACUCAGAAAGAAACAUGUGUGACUUUGAAUGAGACUUUUACUCCUCCUGGAGGUAGGGGUACUUGUCAUCUCGUUCAGAAGUGUAAGUUCUGUGGAAGGGAAGGGAAUGUGACAAUGAUUCCAGGAAAAGGCCGACCUUUAACUCAGGAAGACUCUGAGGCUGGAGAACAUGCUCCUCUUAUGGUGUUUGACUGUCGAGGCUACGAACCCAUCGAUUUCGGAUUUGGCGGAUUUUGGAAAGCUGAAGCUGAAUCUGGAACCAAGUUUGAUGAGAUUGAUUUGUCGAGCGGGGAGGAGUUCACAGAGUAUGAUGAGAAGGGCGAGUGCCCUGUUAUGAUAUCAAACUUCCGUGCAAGCUUCACCGUCACCAAGUAAAGUCAAGCGUCUAUUGUUCUAUUUUCUUAUCCUAUACACACUUGGUGUAUGUAAAAAACUCAUUGCUCAAAAGUUCCAAUAAAGUUUUAUCUUCUUAAA